CCUCCCAGCAUCACUUUUGUCUCUGUCGCAAGAAGAGAGGGGGACAAGGAUGGAAAUAAAAAUAAAAAUGGACAAGACGGCGAUCAUCGUCUCCUCGGUGGUCGGGUCUCUAGGGUUGUUGGCCGCCAUCUUGGGAUUCUCGGCAGAGGGGGCAAAUUCUACUAACCCUUCGCCCGGGCUAGGGAUCUGCGCCGGCAUCUUCCUGCUGGCAGCCCAGGUCACCGUCUCGGCGGUCAGCGGCUGCGGUUGCUGCAAGUCCCGCGCCAUUCCUUCCGAGACCAAGCGGGUCGUCGGCAUCGUCUGCGCCGUCGGCUCGUGGAUAGCGGCGGUGAUCGCGUUCGUGCUGUUCGUGGACGGCGCGGCGGUGAACGCCAGCGGUUACUACGUCAAGGGCGGCAUCUACGCCGGCGCGGGCGUGCUUGCCCUCGCCGCCACGGCGCUCGGCAUCACCUCCUUUGUCAUGCUGCGCAGUCAGCCGGCAGACGCGGCGCCGGGCCCAGACGUACCCAACAAGACGGCAGUCCAGCAGCCGGUCCACGGGAUCCCAGUGAUGGUCCAUCCACAGCCACACUACACGCAGUACCCUCCGGCCGAGUCUGCUCAACCUGACAACCACAGGCAAGAUCAGCUCCCUCCCACUCCUCCUCCACAGAUGAACAACCCACAUUCGCCUCCUCCUGCUCCUCCUCAAGGCAAUGGAUCCCCCGCACCGAUCCAGCAGUUCUCUCCUCAAGGGUGCCCGGCGGACACGGCACCUCCUGCAGCGACCAACGCACCUAAUAAACCAGCCGAGCAGCCGCAGACGCCGACCGCCGGGGUUCCAAUGGGCCAACCGCAGUUCCCGCCAGCACAAGCGUACGUGCAACCGCAGGUGCUGAAUGGCACGCUGCAGGUACCUCAGGUAGGUGUGGACAUUCCCGUCGCCCCUCCUGUUCUUCCUGCUGAUUCUCCAUUAGGGAACGGGCUAUCACUUGCCCCUCCUGCUGCGCCUUCACAAGGGAACGGGUUAUCAACAGUUAUUCGCAACGAGAUUGCUAGGGCAACGAUUAGAUUGGCUGGGAAGGCAGCGGAGCAUGCCCUCUUCGGCGAUUACACGGUGACUGAUCCUACCGGAGCUGGUGUUGGAGCUACAGAUUGUGGGGAUUCUGCUGUCUAAUUAAUUUGAUGCGUUCUUGCUUAUUAUGCUGGUCGUCCACAAAUUGGUCUUCCUUCUAUGUUAAAUCCAACUAAUCGCUGCAGGCUUGAAGUAUCGUCAAGAUGUGUGUGUGUGUGUGUUUUUGGUUGUAUCUGUAAGAUGUAUCUAUCUCUAUCUUUCGAGUGGAGUAUUAAGCGCAACAUUUCAUGAA